AUGCAGAAUGCUAUAGAUCUUCCUUCCAAGAGGAGCCAGAUCGAGAGAAAAAUGGAUAAAAUAAUAUAUAUUCUUUUCAGUACAUUAAUUUUGAUAUCUUUUAUCGGAUCUUUCUUUUUUGGAAUUCAAACUAAAAAUGAUAUUGUUGCUGGAAGGUUAAAGAGGUGGUAUCUUCGACCAGACAAAACUACUGUGUUUUAUGACCCGAAAAGAGUGGCACUGGCUGCUUUUUCAUUUCUUGACUGGGCUUAUGUUGUUUUACAGAGUAUUUUUAUUAAUCAAGACCAGGAUAUGCAUUAUGAGGAUAUAGAAAAGCCAGCACAUGCAAGGACUUCCAAUUUGAAUGAGGAACUUGGUCAAGUUGAUACAAUCCUUUAUGAUAAAACAGGGACUCUGACAUGCAAUUUCGUGGAGUUUGUUAAAUGUACGAUAGCUGGCAUAGCUUUUGGUCGUGGCAUGACAGAAGUAGAGAGGACACUAGCAAAGAAAAAAGGGGAGGUAGUACUUGACUCUGGAAACACUUCCUUUAAUGUACAAGAGUAUAGUGAUAGCCACUCGGACUCGGGAAAAUCAAUCAGAGGUUUCAACUUUAAGGACGAACGCAUUAUGAAUGGACAUUGGGUUAAUGAACCUUAUGCAGAUGUGAUGCAGAAGUUUUUCAGAUUGCUAGCACUCUACCAUACGGCCAUUUCGGAUGACAAUCAUGAAUCUGGUGAAAUUUUCUAUGAAGCUGAAUCACCAGAUGAAGCUGCCUUUGUCAUAGCUGCAAGAGAACUUGGCUUUGAGUUUUUUGAAACAACCCAAAAUAACAUCUCUUUAAAUGAAUUUGAUCAUCAGAGUGGCAGAAAGAUUGACAGAAUUGUGUCUGAUCUGUUGUUCAAUCUUGAUGCUAAUGGAUUUAAGCAUUAUAGCUGGCUAUUUGAAGUACCUUUAACAGGGAUUUAUGCAGAUUCUUCUUUAUGUCUUAGAGUUCAGCAGUGCUCCGAAAAGAAUGUCUAUAAUUGUAAAGAACGUAGAAAACCAGUUGCUGCUCCUAUGCAAGGGUACAAACAGGUUUCCCCUAAACACUGUACUCUUGGCUUGUUUACUGUGCAAAUGUGUCCAUCCAGUGUGAUGUUUGAACGGCUCUCAAGAAAUGAACGAGAUUUUGAAGCUACAAUAAGGGAUCACAUUAAACAAUAUGCUGAAGCAGGUUUACGAACUUUAGUUGUUGCGUAUCGUGAACUUAAUGAAGAAGAGUUUAGGUCAUGGGAGAAGGAGUUUCUGAAGGCCCAGACUUCUCUAAAUGCGGAUCGAGAUGCAAUGGUUGAUGCGGUUGCUGAUAAGAUUGAAAGUAACUUAAUUCUACUAGGUGUUACAGCUCUUGCAAAUGCUGGAAUUAAGAUUUGGAUCAUAACUGAUGACAAGAUGGAGACAGCAAUAAAUAUUGGGUAUGCUUGUAAAUUGCUUAGAAACGACAUGAAGCAAAUUGUGGUUACCUUAGACUCUCCAGAAAUAAAUGACCUAGAAAAACUAGGAGACAAGGAAGCUAUUGCGAAGUCUCAGGCUUCGAGUGUAAGCAUAUCAAAGCAAAUAAGAGAAGGAAAUUCACGGCUCAGUUUAUCUAAAGGAAGUUCUAUUUCCUUUGGUUUGAUAAUUGAUGACAAAUCAUUAUCGUUUGCUCUCAACAUGCAUUUGGAGGAUUCAUUUUUGGAUCUUGCGAUUAGUUGUUCAUCUGUAAUAUGUUGUCGCUCCGCACCUAAACUGAAAGCUCUUGUAUGUGCUAACAUAAAGAAGGGAGCAGAAAAUAUUAGUGAGAAAGAGGAGGGUCAGUCUUGA